AAUUCGCACCCGCAAUACAAAUACGGCUAUGACAUCAAGGGCGGCUAUGAUUUGAACGUGAAUGCCCACGAAUCUCGAGACGGAUACAUCACCAAAGGAUCUUAUUCUUUCAAGCAACCCGACGGUUUGACGAGAAUAGUUGACUAUUACGUGGACAAGUGGGGCUUCCAUCCGACAGUGAGAUACGUUAAGCAUUGAACAACAAUUUUUUUCUGAGGAGACAAGCGACUUCGGGAACAAAUCAGAUUGGUCGUCCUUUUUCUGUUGUUGAAAAGACAAGGUAAAAUACGUGAGAUUUUUGUUGAUUUCAAAAGUGCCCGGCAACGCGGAGAAAAGAAUAGAUUCGUGUUUUUGUCAAAAUCGGACAGUGUUCUCGCAAGUGUUUUCUUUUGCCAUUUGUGGAUAUAUCAUAUAUGUUCAAUAAAAACUCUGUAUAUUCAGUUUUUUUUAUUCACUUAUAUUUUCACCGUUGUGAGGAUUAGGUUGUCUGCGGAACGAGACUGAAUUGAAGGAAAAAAAUCAUGAAAUUUCAUCGAGGCAUUUCUGAAAAUUUUGUUUUACGGAAAAUGAAUGGAAGGAGAGAUUGAUGAAUGAUGA